AUGCCGGCUGCCUUUAGAAUGACGAUCGUCUUGAUCGUAUGCCCUCCGUCGAGAAGGUGUCGCUUCCCACCGGCGCCGCUGCCUCUUGUGAACGCCAAGUCCGGCGGCCCAAGAAACCCACUGUAGGGGCACCCGGCAGCCACAGCAGCUUAACCGGGGCUUCCGAAAAGCCCCACGGAGGGGCGGUCGAACAGGAACACAUAGUUUCGUUCCCAGCUCCGCUGCAAUUGCGGCCGGAAAGCACCCACGGAAUCCGGCGCAAGAGGGAAAGUCCUCUAUUAGCAGUUCCCUACCCUGGAGGUAUGGUCACGGGUGCUGUAAGUGCGCAGGGGGCCGCGGUGGGGGCCCGCGGUAAGACGCAAGACCAAGAAGCUGGUUGGGAUUACUAUGUGGGAGAAGGCUAG